UUGUGCUGUCGCAAACACGAACAUUUCACAAUGGCACCUUCACGGACGUCAACUGUCAAGUCGAAACACGCAACGAAUAAGUCGGGAAUCAGGAAUAGCAAGCAAAGCGGCAAGCCGCAAGGGGAUGGGGUCUCGAAGUCGAAGAAACCGAAGAGCAAAGGACCUCCUCCGAAACCACAGAAGAGCGCGGGGAAUUUAGCAACGUUGAAGAAGAAGAGAAGGGUUUAUACUGAGAAGGAAUUGGAUAUCCCAGCGCUGAAUAUGAUUACGCCGGUUGGGGUGGAGAAGCCCAAGGGAAAGAAGAAAGGGAAGGUUUUCGUUGACGAUAGGGAAAGUAUGAUGACUAUUCUAGCCAUGGUGAAUGCGGACAAGGAUGGCCAGAUCGAGAGCAAGAUGAUGAAAGCUCGACAAAUGGAGGAGAUUCGAGAAGCAAGAAAAGCCGAAGCAGAGAAGAGGCAAGAAUUUAGAAAGGCGAAAUUGGAUGAGACGAAAGAGGGAAUGAGGAAGAAGAGAAAGAGACCAGCGGGCGAGGAAGAGAAGAAGGAAAAUACAAGGAGCGAGGCUGCUGCAGGAACCAAGCCGCUCAAAGUUAAGAAAAGGAAGAGUGUAUCCUUUGCUUAAAGUACGAGAUGCGGAUUCGAAUUUGCGGCGUUUUGGGGGCCAUGAGCAUUGGGCGGUGUUUAUCAGAAUUAGGUGGCCAAACAAAGUGCGAGAUACCAUGGGAUCGAUUUUCAAUCGAACUAGAUUGCUCUAUCAGUGGCUCUUUUUGCUAGAAGCAGAAGGAUAUCUCUUUAUGUACAGUCUAUGUCUACAAGUAUUCUAUAUCAAGU